AUUCAAAAUAAAAAAUAAAUGCGUAUUAAAUUUAUAUCUGAACUUCUGAUGACAACCUCUUGGCAAUACAUCCAGACUUAAAAAUAUAUUCAUUUUACUUUGGACUUGAAAUAAAAUUAGGAUAAAUUUUAUAUCAAACAAACAUUAGAUGAAAGGCACAAUACAAAAAAUGGUGCAAGGUGUAGCAUCAGUUUAAAAAUGCCAAUUCAUAUCCACACAUUUUAACUUCUUCUCCACACUUGGAUCUAUACGUAAUGUUUUUAAAGCUUCUUAAUAUCCAAGAGUCUUUAUGCCAUUGUUGAAAUUAUUGCUUAGAUUCACUCUAUAUUUGAGUCAAUAAUAAUUUUGCUGUUAAAAUUAGGAAGUUUAACUUUAAUCACAUUAAGUUGAACAGAAGAUGCUUCAGUAUUCUAGAAGUGCACUCAUUAAAAAAGCAUUUAAAUUACAAAACAAUUUAUUUGAUUAAAUCUUUGUAUUACAGUUUUCUACAGGGAGUUGUUUCAGAAAUCCUCUCUAUGUAGACGUUCACUGUCUCCUCCUGUCCACAUGGAGGCAGCAGUGAGGUAUUUGCUGAACUCCGCACUAAAACGAAAUUCAAACCUCUGCCGAGAUAUUUUCCUUUUGUCCUCACAUCAGGUCUUUUAUCGUUUUCAUUAAUUUAAAAGCUUAAUGGCAUUCAUUUUUUGUGUCAAUUUAGCCACCGAAAUAGUUUCUCGUUGAAUGAAUCUUCUGAAUUCAAUCGGAGUCAACAUAAGCAGCAGUGUUUUCGGUUACUGAUGAGUACUGACCGUUUCAAAGUUCCGACAGACCGCAGGUUUAAAUCUUCGGGGAGCAGGAGCAGCCAACAUGGACACUCGAGACCCAGUAAAGUGUUGGCCGAAAGGAACCAGGCGGUGGUGGCGGUUGGAGCCUGGGUGGAAGUCGGACAGGAUUUCCUGGAGCACCCGGCUACCCUUGCUUUGCUAACUGAGGAGCGACAGGCACAAAAGAAAAGGGAGGAUGAAGACAACCUGAAGCGGUUUCAAGAUGAAGUGCGACGACGAGUCGCACAUCAAGCUCACGUGUGCAAGCGACAACAGCAACCUCACUCGCAUCCCCUGGUAAUACCCCGCAGAGGACCUCCACAUCAUCAGAUCCUGACCCAGCAGGUGUGCAAGGAAGAGGAGCAUAUCCACUCAGAACCUGCUACACAACAGAGCAGUUCUCCAGAGUUGAGUAAGCCGCUGAGGCAGGUCAGACUCAGACUGGCUGCCUGUCGGCUGACACAAGGGGAGGAAGUGCUGUCAAAUCUUCCAGGAGGCAGAUGGAGCAUCUCUCCAACCAGACAUCAGACUGCUAAUGCUUGUGUGUGGAGAACAGAGGAGGAACAAGAAACAAGAGAUGUUCCUCUCUUUAGUAGUCAACAUGAAUGUCCCCUUGUUCAGCAGAAGGUCAGCGGACACACCCUGUUGAAUCCGAAUAAUUCACUCUUUGAUCACGGUUCUAAUACGAGCCUAGAAGUCCCAAAGUUUCUCUGGCCAAUGACGGAUGAAGAAAAAGUGAAAAAGCAGCGUCAGUCUCAGUUCCUGAAGCACCGCCGCCUGGUCAUGAACACUGAACGGGAGCAGGUGAAGGAGAACCAACUGCUCAGGAAACACCUGAAGAGGACUGCAAGGAUCAAAGCAGAGAAAGAAAAGCUUCGUCAGGACGAGGAGAUGAAAUUAGAGAGAGCUCGGACGCUUGUAGAGGCCAGGCAGAGGCUGGAGGAGCGAGAACGGCAGGUUCUGGAGCAGCUAGCACUGGAGGAGGAGGAAGAGAAGGAGAGAGCUCUGCAGCUGCUGAGGAGGAAAAGGGAGGAGAAGGAGAAAAACAAUGACAAGUGGAAAGACUCUGCGAGGUUUGUCGAGGCUCUGAGAGCUCAGAUGAAGGAGCGUUUGUCUCAGAUGAAGCUGGAGCUUCCUACUCUCUGCUGCUGUGCCUCCUCUUUUUGGGAUUCCCACCCCGACACUUGCGCCAACAACUGCAUCUUCCACAACAACCCCAGAGGGGUCUACGGGUGAGAGGCGGGGUCACCCUAGACAGGUCGCCAGUCCAUUGCAGGACAACACAGAGUCAGACACGGCAAACAGCCAUGUAUGCACACACUCACACCUAAGAAGAACUUAGAGAGACCCAUCAACCUAAUAGUCAUGCUUUUGGGCUGUGGGAGGAAGCCGGAGUACCUGGAGAGAACCCACCACGCACAGGGAGAACAUGCAAACUCCAUGCAGAAAGACCAUUACCCUGGAAUCUGCUGUAAUUCAACAGUGCUACCAACUGCGCCACUGUGCAGCCCUGGUUUACAUGUAGUUUAAUUUAUCCCAAUUAAAAUCUCAUUAUUUCUUGUAAUAAAUGGUCCAAAUUGGAUUGCACAAGAAUUAAAGUACCAUGCUGUGGAUCUGAGCAUCAGACUGAGGAAGAAACUUGGCAGAAAAUGUUUGCCUUUGCUCCCAACUAAGUACGGCAAGUCAUUUACCAUAUAAUGGCCAAUUGAAACUGUCAUUUCCUCAGUUCAGUUCUUGUCAAAACUAACUAUUUUGCUCUCAGGAAAUGGUUCUUACUAUCCAAUCAUAUCUUUUCUCAUUCAUACAAUUUUGCUUUCAAAAUAGUAACUAUAGCCUAAUUUAACUUUUUUAUUUAUUACAAUUCUGUAUUGCUCAAACCAAAAGAGCAAUGAGUUUAUGGUAAGGGAGAGAUAUAACCAUUUUUCUUUGCUGCAACCAUGAAUAGAUUGUGUAAAAUUGUUUCAUUUAUUAAUUAAAGUGCAUAAGAAAUGUGAAAGAAAAGUGGGCAGACUAAAAAGAAAUUAUGCAAAGGUAACAGCUUGAAUGACCACUUUUUACAACCAAGGUGUGAGGAACGUUGAUACAGAUUCCUGAGUAACUUCUUUUGUUUCUUGAAGACUUAUCUCUCUAACAAAAUGCUUAUUCACUUCUGAUCAUGCUUACAAGUUUUAAAUAACAGUACGGUAAUCCAAAUGUGAGGACCAUUAAGGUGACGAGUCACUGACUUAAACCCUCCAUCCUGCUGGUUUGGGUCAUUUUUACAGAAUGGGGGUUAGUGAAAGUUAGUGAAAGCCUACAUUGAACCUUGAAUCAGAUGACUACACCGGGUGCCAUUUGUUUUAGCUAAGAACCAAAGAACUGUAGCUGCAAUUUACACCAUCUCUACCCUUAAGGUAAUACCAGAUUGCAGUAUCAAUUUCAGUUGCAACAUUUAGUUGCAAUUUGGCUUGAACAACCGGAACUCAUAGAUCCAUCUUUUCUUGCAUUACUGAUUCAGGCUGCUGGUGGUGAAAUGGUGUGGAGAAUACCUUUUAGUUCACUUUGUGCUACUUUAGCAUCUCUUGAAAGCUACAGAAUAUUUUUGCAGAUCUUUUUCACUUCCUUUUGAGCUCAGUUUACCCAUCUUCUGAUUGCAGGAUUAUGCACCAACAUGCAAAGCAUCUCAAGAUACUUUCUUUAUCAAGUCUAAUCUCCAAUUUAGUAGCUGUGGCCAUCUGCAAAUCUACUACUAACACAUCCAUAACCACCAAAAUCUCUAAAAAUGUUUGACACCUUGAGUGUGUGCCAAGAGGAACUAAGACAGAAUGGUGGACCACCAACAGACCUCAGCUCUUCAGCUGCUACUACUAAGAACAUUUAACCUUUUUUUUAGCUUUUCCUUUCACAAGAAUGAUAUAUUUACUAUUGCACACACAUCCACUACUGGUGUUUUCCUUCAAAGUAUUAUAAAACAUUUGCAGUUAUGUUUUUAAUUGAUGGAAAUUGUGGGUACUAUAUCAAAAUCUUAAUGUAAAAUGUUAUAGACAAUAUAUAAUCCAUCUUUUACUAAUCAUGCUUCCUUCUUUCUUUCU